AUGGCGCAGUGGGAGAUGCUGCAGAACCUCGACAGCCCGUUUCAGGAGCAGCUGCACCAGCUCUACGCAAACAGCCUCCUGCCGGUGGACAUUCGGCAGGACCUGGCGGUGUGGAUCGAAGACCAGAACUGGCAGGAAGCUGCGCUGGGCAAUGACCAUUCCCAGGCUGAUAUGCUCUGCUUCUACUUCCUGGAACAACUAAACGAAGAGUGUGCCCGCUGCAGCCAGGACCCCGAGUGCUUGUUGUUGCAGCAUAACUUGCGGAAAUUCUAUCGGGACAUUAAGGCCUUACCCCGGGGCCCUAUCCAGUUGGCUGAGAUGAUCUUCAAUCUCCUUCUGGAAGAAAAACGAAUUCUGAUGCAGGCUCAGAGGGCUCAAGUGGAGCAAGAAGAGCCAGCCCCCGAAGCACCUGUACAGAGCCAGCAGCAUGAGAUCGAAUCCCGGAUCCUGGAAUUAAGGGCUAUGAUGGAGAAGCUGGUGAAGUCCAUCAACCAGCUGAAGGACCUGCAGGAUGUCUUCCUCUUCCGAUACAAAACUCAGGCCCGAGCGAGGACACCUCUGGACCCCCAUCAGACCAGACAGCAUCAGAUUCUGCAGGCAACUCUCAAUGAACUGGACAAAAGGAGGAAGGAGGUGCUGGAUGCCUCCAGAGGACUGCUCGGCCGACUGACUACCCUAACGGACCUACUGCUGCCCAAUCUGGAGCAGUGGAAAGCCCAGCAGCAGAGAACCUGCAUCGGAGCCCCCGCGGAGGGAGGGCUGGAACUUGUCCAGUUGGAGAAGUGGUUCACAGACGGAGCCAAGCUCUUGUUUCACCUGCGGCAGCUGCUGAAGGAGCUGAAGGACUUGAGCCAUGUCAGCUAUGACAACGACCUGCUGGUCACAGGGGUGGACCAGCAGGAGGCCCAGGCCACAGAACUGCUGCAGCACCUGCUCCACAGAGCCUUUGUGGUAGAGACCCAGCCGUGCAUGCCUCAGACUCCCCACCGACCCCUCAUCCUCCGGACCGGGAGCAAGUUCACUGUCCGAACAAGGCUGCUGGUGAGGCUGCAGGAAGGCAGCGAGUCACUGACUGCAGAAGUCUUUAUUGACAAGAAUCCUCCUCAAUCACAAGGCUUCCGGAAGUUCAACAUUCUGACCUCAACCCAGAAAACGUUGACCCCCGACAAAGGGCAGAGUCAGGGCUUAAUUUGGGACUUCGGCUAUCUGACUCUCUUGGAGCAACGUGCAGGCGGCUCAGGAAAGGGCAGCAGCAAGGGUCUGCCGGGCGUGACAGAGGAACUGCACAUCAUCAGCUUCACGGUCAGAUACACCUACCAGGGGCUGAAGCAGGAGCUGAAAGCAGACACCCUCCCUGUGGUGGUCAUUUCUAACCCGAACCAACUCUCCAUCGCCUGGGCCUCGAUUCUCUGGUUCAAUCUGCUCAGCUCAAACCCUCAGAAUCAGCAGUUCUUCUCCAGCCCCCCAAAGGCCCCCUGGGCCUUGCUGGGCCCCGCGCUCAGUUGGCAGUUCUCCUCCUACGUUGGCCGAGGCCUCGACCGGGACCAGCUGAGCAUGCUGAAGGACAAGCUGUUCGGGCAGAACUCUGGGAGCGAGGGGGCGUUGUUAUCCUGGGCCGACUUCACCAAGCGAGAGAGCCCGCCGGGAAAGCUGCCGUUCUGGACGUGGUUAGACAAGAUCCUGGAGCUGGUCCACGACCACCUGAAGGAUCUCUGGAAUGAUGGGCGCAUCAUGGGCUUCGUGAGCCGCAGCCAGGAGCGCCGGCUGCUCAAGAAGACGGUCUCCGGCACCUUCCUGCUGCGCUUCAGCGAGACGGUGGAGGGCGGCAUCACCUGCUCCUGGGUGGAGCACCAGGACGAUGAUAAGGUGCUCAUCCAGUCGGUGAAGCCCUUCACCAAGGAGGUGCUGCAGUCGCUGCCGCUGACCAAGAUCAUCCGCCACUACCAGCUGCUCACCGAGGAGAACGUGCCCGAGAACCCGCUGCGCUUCCUCUACCCCCGCACCCCCCGCGACGAAGCCUUCGGGGGCUACUACGAGGACAAAGUCAAUCUGGAGGAGCAAAGGAAGUACCUGACGCGGAAGCUCAUCAUGGUCUCCAACAGACAGGUGGAUGAGCUGCAGCACCUGCUGGAGCCUAACCUGGAGCCAGAAGUGGAGUCCUUAGAGCUGCCCCUGGGGCUGGCUCCAGGCCCAGAACUGGAUCUAGGGCUAGACCUGGAGUUGGAGCCACUGCUGAAGGCAGGGCUGGACCUGGGGCCGCCCCUGGAGCCUGCACCGGACGCGGUAUCCCCAAGAAUGCCGGACCUGGCACCAGAGCUGAAGCUGGAGCCUCUUCUAGAGCCUGUUUCACAGCCCGUGCCAGAGGCAGAGCCAGAGUCAGACUUGCCCCACGAUCUGAGACACUUGAACACUGAGGGAAUGGAAAUCUUCAUGAACAACAUGGAAGAAAUCAUGCCAAACGGCGACCCACUGUUAGCGGGCCAGAGCACCGGGGAGGAGGUGUGCAUCUUCUACCGCAGCCACUUCUUCGCAGACGACCCCUUGACUCCUGACUACUAG